UUGGGGAAAAUUAUGAACUUUUGACCUAGUGACCUACUGACCUACUGACCUACUUUGUGUAUGAGAAGUUUGAAAGUUGACCUGACCUAGUGACCUAGUUUGGAUGACCUAGUGACCUACUGACCUACUGACCUACUUUGUGUAUGAGAAGUUUGAAAGUUGACCUGACCUAGUGACCUAGUUUGGAUAUGGUGUAAAAUCUCCAGAGUGGGUCAUGGCCUAGUAACCUACUUUGGACCUGACCUAGUGACCUAGUUUGGAUAUGGUGUAAAAUCUCCAGAAUGGGAAAGUUAUGAACUUUUGACCUAGUGACCUGUUGACCUGUUGACCUACUUUCUGUGUGAGAAGUUUUCAAAGUUGACCUGACCUAGUGACCUAGUGACCUAGUUUUGAUAUGGUGUAAAAUCUCCAGAGUGGGUCAUGGCCCACUGACCUACUGACAUACUUGAGAUAUCCGAAGUUUAGACGACCUUGACUUGGUAAACCAGUUUGUGGAUAUUGUGAAAAAUAACCAAUUUGGGUUAUAGCCUAGUGACAUGGUGACAUAGUAGACAUAACUUGAAGAUACUGAAAAGAAUAAGAGUGAGUCAGCACAUAUAAUACUAAGGGUGUUGUAAAAUAUCUAAGAAUACCACGUCAAGUUCAUGUACAGCAUUCAAAAGCAGCUUUGAUAAGGAACAACUAUAGCAUUACAAACAUAGAUGAAGUAUUUAUAUAUUAUGCUAACCACAAGGAGGAAGACUUCAUAUGGCAAUUGGCCACUCUGUUCUCUUUGGAACAAAAAGCGUUAUUACAUGGUACACCUAUCACCAUUCAUAAGGAACAACUGUAGCAUGACAUGCAUAGAUGAAGUAUUUACAUAUUACACCAACCACAAGAGGGCAGACUUCAUACUGCAAUUGACCAAUCUGUUCUCUUUGAAACAUGAAGCGUUAUCAUAAGGUACCCCAAGCAACAGCUUUGAUAAGGAACAACUACAGUAUGACAGACAUAGAUGAACUAUUUAUAUAUUACAUCAACCUCAAGGAGGAAGACUUCAUAUUACAAUUGGCCACUCUUUUUCCCUUUGGACCAAAAAGCGUUAGUACAUGGUAUGCCAUUCAAUAUUUUUCUAUUUCAUGCAACAGAGUCUGCUAAAACAAUAUUCAGAAAAAUAUCACAUUCAAAGUUUCACCAACUCUGUACAGACUAAAGUCAACUGCCUAGAACUUUUCACAAAGCACUCUACUAAAAUGCAUGUAUGACAUUAUGCAAAUGAUGAUUGGUGCAAUUCACCAAAUGGUAGUUUGGGUAUUAUGUAUAAUUUUUUGUAAUUUUUGUCCUAAUCAGGUCAUAAACGAUGGAACAACAUAAUUGUGAUGAUCGACCUAAAUGCUGCUACCGUUUUAUUUAAUGACCCUAAUUUGACCAUAAGUACUGGUAAUUAUUUUUUUCCCUUUGUUACAUACAGAUAUUUUUCAACAACUUGUGUGAUUCUUGUUUAAGAUCAGGAUUAUAUUAUUGUUUAAUCAUUCUGUUACUCAUAGUCUUUUGAGACGGAUGUCUAUUGUGUUGUGGCUUUGGUGAUAUCAGGAGAAUCUCAUACCCAGAAACUUCACGGAUAUUAAACUAAGGUAAGAAUUUUUGAUCUAUUAUUCCUUAUUGUAGGCCUACAAUGAGAUUUAUUUUUGGAGGUAUAUUUGGCCCUGAAAGGACCGUUUUUCCUGAUGCCCCUGGGUGAAAAGUUUAUGAUGAUGGUGUCAAACUUCUAUGGUAUAUGAUUGAAGCUUCCUCCAAGUCUAGGAAUUCCCUCUCUUCAUCAAUUGUUCCACAUGUACAUAAACAUGGACAUGAAUGUGCACACAUAUGGUUAUUCAAAAUUAGGUCCUUUUGAACAUUUUUCAUGAAGCAGUGUGUACAUCUCUUUGCUUCACAGUUUGUACACUUGAUGUGGUAGUUUUGGAAAUGGUGAUCUCCCAGCAUACAGUCAUCACACACACUGCCGUGCAUAAUUUCCAAUCUUGUGCCAAAUAUAACUACGUUUGGUAGUUGUAGUGCUUUCCGCACACUUGCUUGCAGUUGUUCAUAUGUAGACAUUGUGGUGCACUAAUCUCAAAUGAACUCUGAUAGAUGCUGUCCAUUCUUUAUCUACUAUGUGAUAUUUGUGAGUGAAUCUCAUUGGAUAUGAGUGUGUGAUUAUGAGAGGUCACAUGCUAAAGAACAAUGACAAACUUGACCUUGAGCAAACUUCAUUUGAAUUUAUCCUCAAAACACACCAAACACAUUUUGGUUAUCCAUUUGGACCGAGAUCGUCAACAUGGAAGGACCGCUCCCCAAAACUGUGCUUGCCACUCUGAAUUUCUGUCUGCAUCAGGCAUUCUAUCCUGAAGGAAAGGAUCCUGUUCAUGGAGUUUUUGUAGUUGGGGAGAAGCUCUUUGAUGAGCUGCUUGAGGGAAAUGAAGAAAGAAAAAUAAUUUCUCAUGGAAAUGUCAUGAUAAAUGAUAAUCUCUAUGUACUUAAUCGUACUAUUCCAGCGAGGCAAAAAUAUGGCCCUUUUACCAUGGAUGAAAUAUUCAAGAUGGAGAGAACUAAUGUGUUCACUGCUCCAGAAUGUUUAGAGAUACUUGCUAAAUACAAAUCAAUUCAUGUGUUAUCAAACAGCAAUGGCUGGAAGUUGUGUCCAAAUGGCGAGAUUGUAUCAAACAUGCAUCCUCCUGAAUAUGUGAGAAGAUCAUUUCAGUUCACUUUUUCAACAUACAUCCCAGAAUUAAAGAACUGUGAAGGUGUUAUAAUUGUUCCAAGUACAAUUUCACGAGAGCAAGUACAGGAUCCGAGAAUCACAGUGAUAAAAAGGGACACAUUUCACAUAACAAAAGUAGAAACUGCUCCUGGAAAAUGGUUCAUUUUGCAAAGCUGCCGAACAGCUUAUUAUGAAAAUGACCCCUGUUUUUAUUUAGCAUUUAAUGACUCAAUCUACUGAUACCACGAUAGGCAUUGCAUUUGCUCUCAACACAUAUGAAAAGGUUUGUGUUUUGGUUGUGCGCAAUCUGAUAAUUUUUCGCCAAACUUGCCAAAGUCACAACUCUUUUGGCUCCUGUCAUUGAAAUGGAGUCGUAUUUCUAUUUGCUAUACAAUGAGUCAGAAUCAUUACCUGUAUGCAGCAAUGACAUGCAUUCAUUUAGCAACUCUUUCUAUGACAUGAACUCGUCAAACACAAAACUUCGCAACAAACACUUCUCUAUUCCUGUAUAUUACUUAUUUUCAGUUAUAAUAAUGGAAAAGAAGACAAUGGAACGGUCAUGUGCAGCAGCAGCUGCUGUUAGUAAUAAAAAAUUGACAUAUGCCAAUGUGGUUGCUGGAAAAAAGCCUCUUCCUAUUCUUGACGGACCUGAUUCCGAGGAGGAGUUCACUUCUAAACCACAUGAAUGGGUAAAAGUGGAAAGGAAGAGGCCUAAAGAGGCAAAGAAAGGCCAUUUGAAGCUCUAUCUAAAAAAGAGGUCAUUUAAAACUCAACUGUCAACUCCAAGAAUGACAACAAAAAAAACGAAAGUUACAAAAACGCCACCAGAAGAACCAACACCCUCACCACCAUCACCAUCAAGAACAACAACAACCCCUGGAAAUGAUGAAGAAAGAAAAGUUGGAAGAAUAUCCCCGCCACUCCCACCACCUGUAACGCAGUCAACAACAACAACAAUGGGCGAAAGAACGUACAGUGAUUUUAUAGACAUUUUAAACGAUUGGGUUUUGAAGAGAGCAGGUGUUGGGAAGAUGUACCUCCCAAAAUAUUAUGAAGGGAAGGAACGUAAGGAAUUUCUUGAGGUAAUGAUGCCGUAUUUAAAUCCUACACUCUUUUUUUUACCAUCGUCAUCUGAUGCUGGUUGUCAGGAAAAUGCUGUGCCUGAAACGCCUCCUUCACCACCUCAUCAAUCUGUCAUUAUGGUGACUGAUCAGCCGCAUACGGUACGGGAUAGUCCACAUUUAAGGGAUCUGCUGCAACGAUCCAGCAAUAUUGAUUUGGAUCAUGAGGAAGAAAAAAUACCUCCUUCGCAAAUUUAUCGUCCCGAUGGUAAAGACCUGAAUGAGGUGUUUUUUGUUCCUGAAUUUCAUCAGUGUGUUGCUGGAGAUCAGGAGGCGUUGGAACAAGAACAUCUGACAACUGAAAUGCCUCAACCAUCUGAUGAGGAUGUUGUUCUUGUUCCAGACUCUCCUGAUCUAGUGAAACAGAUGCCUGUCCGGGAAGAUAGCAAAGAAAAAAUACCUCCCCUAAACAGAGAAUUGGAGGGGGUGCCAUGCACACCAGAGGAUCUUGCUUUGCUAGACUUCUCGGACUUGCUAUAUUAUGAAGAAAAUAGGAAGUGCCAUUCAAAAAGAGACAAAUUACCAAACGGAUUGCCUAUGACAGAAAAUUCGUCAGAUGGGGACGUCCUGAAAUAUCUUUCAGGAUCGUUUCCAGAUAAUGAAUCAAAUGUAACAGGCAACCAAUCAGAAUCACCACUCUGUACACCAAUUGUAAACGUGGAUUCUGAUUCUCCUCUUCGAGGUCAAAUAGUUCAUAAUCUCUUUGAUGAGAUUACGAAUGGGAAAGUGCAACUUGAGGGGUUGCAAUCAUCACAACUUGGGCAGGAUGUCCAACUCCAGCAGUUUCUGGAGUCGAACAUCCUCACCAAGGCUGAGGAGCGUUCAUCACUUACAACUAACAAGUUGCAAGAGGUGAACGAACCUCAUACCUCUCAAGUUGCAUCGACAUCCUCCGCUUAUAUCAGGUCUGAUCCUACUAAGCGGAAGCUUGACCUCGAUGGGGGGAAUUCAAAGAAGCGACAGAGGAGGCAGGACAGGGACUCUGUCUUGAGAUCACUUUUGAAAAGUCCCAAUGAAAGGAGACCUCCUCAUGCAAUUGGUGUUCUACCGGGUGGUAAUGUUGGAAAUGGUGUACCCCAGAAAGACAAUCCCAACAUCCGGGCAAUUUUAAGUGGCACACAUUCUGUGGUACACCCUUUCCAUGAUACCAAGAUGGCGACGUCUUUUUUAGGGCUUCGUCAAAAGACGACAAAAAAAACGUAGCCAAUACUCAGAU